AUGCCUCGUCAUGAUCUUGAGCGUGUGCUAGCCGAUGAUCCCUACAACGAGCGGCGUAUUUUCGUUCUGUCAUGUGUGCAUGAUUCAAUCUACUACCUUCGCCAUGGACCACAUCGUCGUAACGAUGUCAUUUCCACUUUACAGGAGGAGAUUCUUGGCGAAAUUGGUAUUGCGAUCUCAAGCGCAGUUGUGGAACGUGAUCCCCAGUUUGAGAGGUUGUGUCGUAACCUUGAGCUCGUUGUGCCAAUCUCUAUCAGGAUUCUCAGAAAGCAUAACGACCGGGAGAGCGAUGAAGACGUUGCUGAUGAUCUCAUCAGCUGCAUCCCCACCGUUUUGCAACAACCUACUCAAUGGGACCCGGAAGUCGAAGAGAUUUCUGACGAGGAGGAGUUUGAGCGGCAAAACAAAAAUAGACGUCGUCACCGUCAUUGA